AUGGUUUAUAGUCAGAGCUUUCCCCUUUUCUUCAGGUUUGGAGGUCUUCGAGGCUAUCUUAGGAGCGGCUUGGCGAGUGGUGUUUCGGAGGACCAAACCCUAGUGGCUUGGGUGUUUUAUCUGGUCCUCGACGAAUGUGCUCUCAGGUAUUGCUUUCUCUAUAUCAGUUUGAUGCUUCGGCUCGGUCAGGUCUUAGACCUUGUUGCCUUGCUGUUCAUAAUGCUUGUUAUGGUAGAAGUGCCUCUUUGGCUAGAUCUCGUUCCUCUCUCUCUAGCUGGUUUUGAUGCUUCCUACUAG